UCUUUCCCCCUCACCGAGUAUUUGGGCUUUUCCUGCUAAGUCCGCUUUCCCCGUGGCGGGAUAGGAAGUGAAUAGAGGGGCGCCCAGGGCGCUCGUUUUCUCGCCGGUCUUAGUACUAAAUCCUGGCCUAGAGUUGGCGCUUUCGGCGAAAGUAGAAGCCUGGGUACCGCACCCCUUAGCCCCGACUCGAGGGGAGGAGCAGGCAGCCGCAGCACCUGGGAUAGGUGUAAUGGGGAAGCGUUACUUCUGCGACUACUGUGAUCGCUCCUUCCAGGACAACCUCCAUAACCGCAAGAAGCACUUGAAUGGACUGCAGCACCUCAAAGCCAAGAAGGUCUGGUACGACAUGUUCCGAGAUGCAGCUGCCAUCUUGCUGGAUGAGCAAAACAAGCGGCCCUGCAGGAAGUUUCUACUGACAGGUCAGUGUGACUUUGGCUCCAACUGCAGAUUUUCCCACAUGUCCGAGCGAGACCUACAGGAGCUAAGUAUCCAGGUGGAGGAGGAGAGACGGGCUAGGGAGUGGCCAUUGGACAUUGCUGAGUUCCCUGAGGGCCAUCUGGAGGACUGGCUGGAGAAGAGAGCCAAGCGACUGAGCUCGGCCCCAAGCAACAGGGCCGAACCCAUCAGAGCCACCAUCUUCCAGUACCCUGUGGGCUGGCCACCGGUCCAGGAGCUGCCGCCAUCCCUGAGGGCACCCCCACCUGGGGGGUGGCCCCUGCAGACCAGCGUUCAGUGGGGCUGAGCCCCUCAUUUGCCCCACCCCUACCCCAACCUGGUCAGCUUACUUCACUCACAAUACAGAUGAGGACUCAUACUGGGAGGCCAGAUCCCCUUCCUGCUGUGCCCCAUCAAGCCCCUGAAGCUAUCAACCUGGCCAGGCCAGGGCCCAGGAGUCCCCCUGAUCAGGUCUGGCCCUGGCUUCAUAUUAGACGGCUUUACCUUUCUUCUCCUUUCCUCGUGGGACAUUUUGAGAAGAUGAGUAAGAAAACUUCCUUUCGGGUGUUUUAUAAAGAAAGUCUGUCACCACAGUGGUCUGGCUGUACUGUCCCCUGCCUGGCACCGUC